GUGGCCGGGGCCAUGCCGUGCACCUGCGGGAACUGGCGGCGGUGGAUCCGGCCGCUGGUGGUGCUGCUGUACAUCGUGGGGCUGCUGGUGGUGGUGCCGCUCUGCGUCUGGGAGCUGCAGAAGCUGGAGGUUGGAAUUCAUACCAAGGCAUGGUUUAUCGCUGGGAUAUUUCUACUGAUGACUAUACCAAUAUCUCUCUGGGGAAUACUACAACACUUAGUCCAUUAUACUCAACCUGAAUUACAGAAACCAAUAAUCAGGAUUCUGUGGAUGGUGCCGAUUUACAGUUUAGACAGUUGGAUAGCUUUGAAAUACCCCAACAUUGCAAUAUAUGUGGAUACAUGUCGAGAAUGCUAUGAAGCUUAUGUCAUCUAUAAUUUUAUGGUUUUUCUUUCAAAUUAUCUAACCAACCGGUAUCCAAACCUCGUAUUAAUAAUAGAAGCGAAAGAUCAGCAGAGACAUCUGCCGCCUCUAUGUUGUUGUCCGUCGUGGGCUAUGGGAGAAGUUUUAUUAUUUAGAUGUAAACUGGGUGUUUUGCAGUACACUGUUGUCAGACCAUUUACUACCAUUAUUGCUUUAAUUUGUGAACUAGUGGGAGUGUAUGAUGAAGGAAACUUCAGCUUCAACAAUGCUUGGACUUACCUGGUUAUACUUAACAACAUGUCACAGCUAUUUGCGAUGUAUUGUCUGGUGCUGUUUUAUAAAGUACUACGUGAAGAACUGAACCCUAUCCAACCUGUUGGCAAGUUCCUUUGUGUGAAGAUGGUAGUUUUUGUUUCCUUCUGGCAAGCUGUGCUUAUUGCAUUGUUGGUGAAAGUUGGCGUUAUUUCUGAGAAACACACCUGGGAAUGGCAAAGUGUGGAAGCUGUGGCUACAGGCCUACAGGAUUUUAUCAUUUGUGUUGAGAUGUUCCUGGCUGCUAUUGCGCAUCACUACAGUUUUUCCUAUAAACCUUACGUUCAAGAAGCUGAAGAAGGGUCAUGCUUUGACUCUUUUCUUGCAAUGUGGGAUAUUUCUGAUAUAAGGGCAGAUAUAUCAGAACAGGUUCGAAAUGUUGGAAGGACAGUUUUGGGCCAACCAAGGAAAAUGUUUUUUGCUGAGGAUCAUGAACAGAAUGAGCAUACAAGUUUACUGUCUUCAUCUACUCAAGACCCAAUUUCUGAUGCUUCUUCAAUGCCAUCUUCGCCCAUGGGUCAUUAUCAGGGGUUUGGACACACUGUGACGCCUCUCACAACACCAACGACAGCCCCUGCAGUUGAUGGUAUUUAUAACACUUCUGCUAUUCGAGAUGCUGAGGAGUCACCCGAACUAGAGCACAAUUUAUCAGAGAAAGCUUUGGAUAAAAGUUAGACUCACCUUUUCUUUGGAUGUGUCAAGGAGUCUGUUAUAUACUUGCCACACAUGUUCUGUUAACAUGUACUACUAGUGGUGAAAGUUGAAAAGCUUGGAAGAAACUACUGCACAGACAGGAAGAGGACAUGGCUCUAACUGACAUCUGCAUACUGAACCUACAAUGGAUGUGAGUAUCUGCGAGUACCCCAUGAAUAUAAAACACGCACACUGUAAAGGUUUCUGCAUAAGUUUAAGAAUCAACUCCGUAAACUGCUCAACACUUACACAUGUCAGAAUUACACUGACUUUUAUUAAUCAAAGAGAAACAUUUGAAAAAAUAGUCUGCUCUUUUAAAGAUGAAGUGUAAGUACUAUUAGCAAUGGGAAAACUUAAUUUCAAGAGGGCAGUAGCAAAAAGUGUUUGUAUUAGCUUUGGUUGUCCUCUUAAUGAUGGUAACUUCCAUACCCCAAUGCUGAACGGAGUUUGGAUGAAACGGUAACUUCUGUACAGAUGCCAUUUUCUUCCCUUUCCUGCAUAGCUAAAUAAAACCCCUUCAUGAAGAGAAUAUUACAGAGCAUCAGUAAAGAAUUGAUACAGAGAAAGCAUUCCCUACAGGCCUCACUAUAAAAUUCCAUGCCCAGAACAUAUGGUUGGUGUAUCUGUUGUCCUUGUAGCUCAUAAUUUGUAAGUCUUUUACAUUCAGAAGAGACAGCCAGGAUGACAGGUUUGGGAUUAAUACCUUACACUUAACUACUUUUCUUCUAUCCUUCUAAAAUAAGAAUAAUGGUUACUACCUUAAAAUACAUGGGGGGGAACAAAGGACAUCAAAAAGGAAGUAAAAACCAAAACUGAUUUCUUUAUUUUGGGCUGCAAUAAAUUCUUUAACACAAGUUGUUGUUGUUUUUUUUUUAAGCUGUUAAAGCAGGAUAUCUUGACAAUGUGUCUGUAGUAAUUUGUAUUCAUAAAUUUGUGUAUGUGUGUGUGAUUAUUGUAUUAUGCUUCUAGUAUAGCCUGGAUUCAAAUGUAAUAGUUGAUUUUUUCCCACCACCAUCCCAGAAAAGACCUUUGCUAAGGUAAAACUAAGCAGCUAGUCUAAUACUGGAGUUACUAGCAUUAGAUUUCAGACCAAGAAGUACACUUGUAUCAAUGUUAUUUUGCAAAAACUGACAAAAUCAGAGGGGUAUUGUUUUUAUGCCAUUACCAGAUUUUUAUUCCUAUUGCAUGUUUGCAAUCUGACAAAAAAAAACACCAAACCCAAACCUAGAGCACUGACCUUUUAAGUGACAUUUGAGGUUUCUUUUUCAGCAUUGUUAGCAUUUACAGGAUAAACGUUUACCUUCUGGCUGUCAAUGGUAAAUUCAUCUUAAGUGCUUUUUUUGCAGUACUAGUGUGAUGUAAAUAUUGCGCCUUACUCACUAGGCUGCAUAUUUUAUAGUUGACUAUGUACUUGCUGUAUCUGAAGUUAGUGGGAAAGUGCAAAUCAUAAUUUCCAAUUUGCCAAGUCAUUGCCUUUGUUGUAAAUAAGCAAUUAAAGAUUUUAUUUAAACUGUUUACCUUCUUUUGAUCUGAUUUACUGCUACAGUAAUUUAAGAGAGUGAAUGAUACAUGAAUACAACUGUCCUCUUCAUGGAAGAAGAGGAUCUUAAGUAUAACUAGUACAAGAGUUUGUGCUUUCAGUAUUUUAAGGCUUGUACUGAAAAGGGAUUUCUUGUUUGAGCUUAUGAAGAAUCAGAAUCUACUUAUUUAUGCUUGAUUCCAGGUAUCUUUUUAUCCAUGUAAUAGCAGUGUUCUAAAAGAAAACAACUUGUGAGACCUCUCAACACCUGGGGACUUUAGUGCCCACUGUAGCCACUAUUAGAAA